GGCGGCGGUACGUGAAGCCCUACUUCUUCCAAUUCGUUGCGCAUGUGAAGCAGCGGUGGCACGGGCGCAGAAUUUCAGAGCUGUUCGCGUCCGAGUUCAGGCAGAGGCCGCUGCAGUACUAUGAGGAGGCAGUGAGGGUGGGGCGGAUUCAAGUGGAUGGGCGCAAUGUGGCACCGGACUAUGUAGUCAGACAGUCUCAGACCAUGACACACUACGUGCACAGGCACGAGCCAUGGGUGGAUGCAGCGCCAGUGGAGGUGCUGCAGGAGUCGGACACGGUGCUGGUCGUCUGCAAGCCCAGCUCCAUGCCAGUGCACCCGUGUGGGCAGUACCGCAAGAACACGGUGCUCAGUGUGCUGCAGGCCUUCCACGGCUAUGGACAGCUCUUCCCCAUCCACCGCUUGGACCGCUCCGUGUCGGGUCUUCUCAUUCUCGCCAAGUCUGCUGCUGCUGCUGAGACCUUCCGACUGCAGAUGAUGAGUGGGCAGAUCCACAAGCAGUACAUCGCCCGGGUCACCGGCACCUUCCCUCCCAACACCGUGGAGGUGUGUGCGCCCGUGGUGUACGAUGCGCGCAUGGGUGUCAGCCGCACCGUCACCACACCUGCACCUCCAUUCCAGCCAGACCAGCACCCCACAGCGCUGCAGCCUAUUUGCGAUAAGGAAAGUGUGGGGCACGAGGGAAAGAUGGAGGAGAGGGAUGGAGGGGAGCAGAAGGAGCAGGUUGGGAAAUGUGAUGGUGAGGAGAAAGAAGCUAGGCCUAUAAAAGCACGUGAUGUGAGGAGGGCAAAGGCGAUGGCGAAGAGGCAGGCCAGGGUGCAGGCAAAGGGUGCAGGGGGGGGUGGUGGAGAGGGUGCGGAGGAUGACAAGGAGAAGGCGGCAGUGACGGUGUUUGAGCGGCAGGCGGUGGCGGGCGAUGGCACGUGCAGCAUUGUGCGCUGCUCGCCCCGCACAGGCCGCACCCAUCAGAUCCGAGUGCAUCUGCAGCAUGUGGGCCACCCCGUGGGCAACGAUGACCUGUACCUGCCAUCGCCACCCCAUGCGCCCACUGCCCCGCAGCCUCUCCCUUCAACCCGGGCCACCUCCUCCUCUUCGCCAUCUACUGCCUUGAGCUCUCUGCCAGACAAGCUUGUAACCACUCCUGGCUCACAUGCUGCUGCUGCUCAUUGCAAGGAUGAUGAUAAUCGCAGAAGCGGUGAUGGUGCCUCAGAUGCGGAGGUGAAAGGGAGCAGCAGAGGCACGCAUAGAACGGACGGCAGGGAUGUGCUGCAGGAAGCAGGUGGCGACGAGGGCCGUGUGAGCGAGAGAGAGGGAAGACCAUUGGGGGUGCAUGGUGGUAGUAAAGCGGGCAACUGCAGUGCAUCUGAUGACUUGGGUGCUGUGAGGAUGUGUGGGGAAGGGGAGAGAGCAUGCAAGGCAGCGCGAGUGCAGCAGAAUGAGUGCGAUGGAGCUGCACCAUCCCCUGGACGCCUGAACACGCACUUGGGGGGAGAGGAAGGGGGCGAGGCAAAGGAGCAGGAGAGAGGGAGUAGUUUAGGCGCACAAGGUGCACCUUCCUGUGGAGAUGAGGAUGGCGCAGCAGGUGCCACUGGGGGGUCAUGCACCGUGAGGGGCGUCAUUAAGGAGGAGGGCAUUGGGGCGAAUGCAAUCGAGUCGGUGUUGAAUGAGGGGGUUACAGAGGGAGGAGUGAAGGAAGCGGAGGACAAAGGAGGGGCAGUGGAGGCAGCGGUGGAGGAGCAGGCAGAGGGCAAUGCGGCAGCAGCCCCACAUCCAUCACCUGCCGCACUGCCUUCUAUGCCUCAGCAUCUCACCGACCCUCUCUGUCCACACUGCCCCCUCAUCCCUGCAGAGGGCGUGCAAGUGGAGCAGCACCUGUGGCUGCACUGCUGCCGCUACUCGGGUCCUGACUGCCAGGCGCAGCAACCUAUACUGGUGGGUCGCAGCACGCACGGGCACGUCGUGGUGGCGUGCAGAGGAACAGCGGACGGCUGGGAUGUCCUGCAAGACCUUAAGAUUUUCCCCCGAGGCAUUCGUGGGGUCGGUUGUGGCACGGCGCACAUGGGAUUCGUGGAGCGGGCUGAGAGUGUCUGCGUGGAGCCGUUGCUUCGACUGCUUGCCGACGGGCAUCGCCUCGUCUUCACGGGUCACUCUUUGGGCGGCGCCGUCUCCGCGUUGCUGGCUCUGCGCCUGCUGGAAGCAGCGGAGUCGCGCGGUCUCUGCACGCACAAAGGCCAGGUGCAGUGCGUCACGUUCGGCGCGCCGCUGUUCGCGAGCCCCAGCUUGGCGGAGCUGAUCAACGACAAGUACCGAGACGUGUACAGCCACGUCGUCUCCAAGAACGACGUCGUGCCCCGACUCGUUCCGCUCGUCGCGCUCCUUCAACGCGUUGCGGGUGGUGGGGGCGCCACCGAGCCCAUGGAGGCGUUACGCCUCGCCCGGUUCGCGCUCGGUCUGCUCCAGCGCGCCACCAAGAUCCCCUUCGCGUCCGCCUUGCAGGCCGCAGAGUCGUUGCUGCCGGGGCCCCUCAGGCUUGUGCUGUCAGGGGCGUGUCAAUUGCUGUGGCCGGCGCGCACGCCGCAGCAGUAUGCGUUCGCGGGCAACUUCCUGCUGCUGGACCCCAUGGCGGAGGCCACGGAGGGCGCCGUGCACCUGGCGCAGGCGGAGGACCUGAGCAGCUGCGUGCGCGAGGCGAGCUUUGCGCUGGAGAUCCAUUUCGACGUCUUCAACCACCACCUGCUCUCCACCUACCAAACCGGCGUCACCAAAGGAAUUCGAUCGCGAAUGCUCGCGCACCUCGCGGCGGGCAACGCGGCGGUUCCUUUACCGUCCGCUCCGGCUGCUUGCCAGGGAACGGUGGCGUCGGCAGCGUCAUCAUCAGCCACGGUGGGGCAGGCCGUGCUGUCGAGUCUGGAGGGGUUCGAGCAGUUCAAGAGCAAGGGAUUGAAUCGGCUUCGGCGGACCCGAUCGGAUCUGGUGUCACUUGAGGGGCGCGUCGCUCCGUUCCUGCCCAUCAUGGAGUGCCACCGUGCCGCCGACGCUGCUGCCAACUCAUCGUCCGUCGCCCGGGAAGCAGACACGGCUGGCACUAGUCACCGCGCCACGCCGCCUUUGCAGCUGUGUGCGCGCAGCAUGAGCUUCUCGCGCGCUGCCGGACUUUCAAGAUGCGCGGAUGCGCGUUCCAGCGUGAAUGGGAAAGACGGCGUGGACGAAAAAGAAGUGGCGGCAGCUGCGCGCUGGUGCUCGGUGUGCAGAGCAGCGACUUCCGGUGAAGCCGCGGGCAGCAAGGCCGUGGUAGCCGCCACACCAUCACAGCCGGGCGCAAAGAAGCGGCGAUGGCGGUUUGGGUGGUUCCUGUCGACGGUGUUCCGCGUGUCGCAGCGGCUGCGGUCGCUGUCCACCUUGUCGCUCCUCCUCGGCGCCGCCAGGGUCGCCCUCGGCUGCCCGCUUUUCUGA